AUGGCAGUGGAAUUAACACUGGAACAGGUCGCCAUGACUUCAAGCCGAUUGGCUGAUUCGAACAUGCUGCCGAUGGCGUAUGCUCACAUGGGAGAAACACUAAUCACCUCUCACGAGUACGAACUCAACCAGUCCGAAUCGUUGACUUUUCUAUAUAACUUGCUAUAUGAUGACAAGUCGUUGCUUUCCAAAACGGACAUUCUCAGCAUUCUUAACUCGCUCAAGGAGAGAGAAAAUAAUCUCCCGUUCUCCUUCACUGCCUUAGAUGGGUAUAUGAAUGUCCAGGGUGUUAGGCUAGCACCUAGUCUACGCCGAAAGUUCUACCUCGAGCGGUCUCGAAUCGGGAGCUUUUCUUGGUUCAACAACGUGCUAAAUUCUCGCACUGAAGCGUUGAAUGUAAGUUGA